AUGGCAUCCACGAACACCAACCUCCAGAAAGCAAUAGAUCUUGCAAGCAAAGCAGCCCAGGAAGACAAGGCUGGGAACUAUGAGGAGGCUCUUCAGCUCUAUCAUGCUGUCCAGUAUUUUCUCCAUGUCGUUAAGUAUGAAGCACAAGGUGAUAAAGCCAAGCAGAGUAUCAGGGCCAAGUGUACCGAAUAUCUUGAUAGAGCAGAAAAACUGAAGGAAUAUCUGAAAAAAAAAGAGAAGAAACCACAGAAGCCUGUGAAAGAGGAACAGUCGAGUCCAGUUGAUGAGAAGGGGAAUGAAAGUGAUGGAGAAGCAGAGUCUGAUGACCCUGAGAAAAAGAAAAUACAGAAUCAACUUCAAGGUGCCAUUGUUAUAGAGCGACCAAAUGUAAAAUGGAGUGAUGUUGCUGGUCUUGAAGGAGCCAAAGAAACUCCACUUAAAGAGGCUGUGAUUCUGCCUAUUAAAUUUCCUCAUCUAUUUACAGGAAAGAGGACACCUUGGAGAGGAAUCCUGUUAUUUGGACCACCAGGAACAGGGAAAUCCUAUUUAGCCAAAGCUGUUGCAACGGAAGCAAACAACUCAACAUUUUUCUCAAUAUCUUCCUCUGACCUUGUCUCUAAGUGGCUGGGGGAAAGUGAGAAACUGGUUAAGAACUUAUUCCAGCUUGCCAGAGAGAAUAAGCCUCCCAUCAUCUUCAUUGAUGAGAUUGAUUCUUUGUGCAGUUCAAGAAGUGAAAAUGAAAGUGAAGCUGCACAGAGAAUUAAGACCGAGUUCCUGGUUCAAAUGCAAGGAGUUGGUGUGGACAAUGAUGGCAUUUUAGUUCUGGGAGCUACAAACAUACCCUGGGUUCUGGAUUCUGCAAUUAGGCAGAGAUUUGAGAAACGUAUUUAUAUUCCUUUGCCUGAAGCACAUGCCCGUACAGCCAUGUUUAAAUUGCACUUGGGCAGCACUCAGAACAGCCUCACAGAAGCAGACUUCCAAGAACUUGGGAGGAAGACGGAUGGCUAUUCAGGAGCAGAUAUAAGUAUCAUUGUUCGGGAUGCUCUUAUGCAGCCUGUUAGAAAAGUUCAGUCAGCCACUCACUUCAAAAAGGUUCGUGGACCCUCAAGAGCUGACCUUAACUGCAUUGUAAAUGACCUGCUGACCCCCUGCUCUCCAGGAAACCCCGGUGCUGUGAAGAUGACAUGGAUGGAUGUCCCUGGAGAUAAACUCUUAGAGCCAGUUGUUUCCAUGUGGGACAUGCUGCGGUCUCUGUCCAGCACGAAACCUAUCGUCAAUGAGCAUGACUUGUUGAAAUUAAAGAAGUUUACAGAGGAUUUUGGUCAGGAAGGCUAGUGCAAGGCAGCAACAACAUGUUUACUCUACACUUCCUCUUUUCUAGGUAUUUUGCCUUUCUUGGAUGACUUUCAGAUUAUUUCCAGUAA